AAGCCGCCUCCAUCCCCUUAAACACGCACACUAAAGCCGGUUGGCCUUUUAAUGCUUGCUUUGAUUCCGCGAAACCAGCGCAUGGGAAGAACGGAUAAUUUCUAACCCGCUCAAUUUGAGCGGGUUUUGAAGUCGUAGGAAGGGAUGUUUGUAAUACACUAUUUAUGCUUCAGAAGACUUCUUUAUGCUCCGCUCAAAAUCAACCAAACAAUCUAAUUUAAGAAAUACAUGCAUUUAAUUUACUUUACCCUCCUAAUUCUGCCUACCAAACUGCCCCUUAUUUUAUUGUUCUGCCAUGUUGCUCUAUGUUUGGAGAAUAUGUUUGUGAGGAUGGAGAUAAACCCUGACAAGAUUAUAUCAUAUGCUUUAAACAUCUCAAGCACAAGCUCUUUACAUCCUACUUAUUUGGUGGAAAAUUGCUUGGCGCAUUUCGAAGUUCUGAUGAAGGUUGGAGAAGGUGAACAAAGUGGGAAUGGAAAGAUUUAUCAUUUCUUUUAGUUUUACAUGGCCAUCAAAGCUAUGUCAGUUGUUGCAACAUAAUUAGAUCAUUUAGAGCUUCUAUUUAGCCUUAAAAUAAAUCCUCGUGUAGGGGCGCUAGUGGCUAGUUCUUCCUCCUGCAACUACCUAGGUUGUUGGCUGUGAUGGAAGAGGGUCCAAAGUUUCAUUUUUAACAUUAUUUGAAUGUUUCUAUUAGUUCUUUAAGGUCAAAACAGGCAUGGUUUAUCUGCGACAGCUACGGCUAUCAAUGAGAUAAGAUCCACCUUGGCUUAGGCUAAAAGUAUUGCGGGGGAGGGUUAUACUUGUAUUGGAGCUUGGUGUCACGCCCCACCUAAUCUCCAUGAUGUUAGUCAUGCUAAAAUGGGCAUGACAUGGCUAAAGAAGGCAAUAAGACUAACCAAAGCCCUCAAAACUUGGAGUAUUGUGCAGUAGAAGGCUCCGGAAGGUGCUACUCAAGUCCAUAACACUCCAGAAGGCAUUAGAAGCUGCCAAAAGACUAUGAAUGUCAAGAAGGUUCUAUAUGUCUCUAGAGUACUCUAGAUAUGUAUAGGGAUUUGGAGAGUAUUCGUGGGAACACUAGAACUUUCUAGAUUAUUGUAACAUAAAGGGAAUGUAUAUAGGAAUGGUGUGGAGUCUUCUAGAAAACCCCACACAUAUGUAUUAUGUAGUCCAUUCUAGAAUGUUCUAGGAUGAAGGGUGAAGGACUAUAAAUAGGAACCCACCCCCUCAUUUGUAACUCUCUCCAUAGCAUGCAAAUUUUCGAGCCUUGUAAAGAGCUUUCUUAGUGAAGAGUUCUCUUUCCCUUUUAACCUCCACUCUCCAAUUUCAAGUGUUCUUUCCUAGCGUUGUUAGGUGUUAUGCUACUUAGCAUUAGGAUUGAGGUGCUAAGGCCACAUGGUUAAGAAUGUUCUCUUUGUUACAGUUGGUAUCAGAGCCAGGUUGAAUCCCAAGGGAAAGGUUGGUGUCAUAAGAGUGAUCCAGGCAUGGCAUAGAUCAGCAGGGAUCAUGUUGUGGAGUCUAAGAUCAUCAAUGUGGAGGCGAUGCAGCAUGUGCAAGCCCAGGAGAAGCAUGGUAAUCCAGCUACAUCAAGGUAAUCCAAGGACAUUAUCUCCAGCUUGAGUCACGGCUAGCUCGGGUGGAAGACGUUGUACGUGGCAUGCAAGUGCUAGUGGAUGGGAUGGAAAUGCGGAUGAAUGGGAUUGAGGAAGAGGAAUGCACCAUCCAUGGUUCCCUCAACGGAAUGAUAUCCACUUGGAGGAGAUCAUGAGGGUCAAGAUGGUCAAGAUGCAUGAGGAGUUCAUGGGGGAACUCAACAGGUUGUUCUCUCGAUUUGAAGAGCUGCGCGGGGAUGUGACCCUGUGCAAGCGCGCAUUGGCAACAAUGCCCACAUUUAGUACUAGCGAGGUAAGGCGAGUCGAGGUGUCAAAGCCUCGAUGCAUCAGGGGUUCACACAACGCAAAGGAGGAGGACAACUUCGUAUGGAGACUAGAGAAAUACUUCGGGGCGAUGGGCAUGGUAGAUGAGGAGGCCAAGAUACAGUUCGUGGCUCUCUACCUCAAGGAUAUUGCCAUACUUUAUUGGAUGAGGAAAGGAGAUGUGCAAAAGGGGUUAUGCUCCAUGUCUUCUUUUGCAGACUUUAAGAGGGAACUAAGAAGACAAUUCUACACCGAGAAUGGAGAAGAUGAAGCCAAUGUCAAACUCAGAAGGCUAAAAUAGGCAGAGUCAAUACGGGAUUAUAUCAAGGACUUUACUGACUUGAUCCUUGAAAUCCCUGACAUGUCUGACAAGGACGCUCUCUUCAACUUUAUGGAUGGACUUCGACCUUGGGCAAAAGAUGCAACUGAGGAAAAGAGGAGUACAAGACUUGGCUUCCACCAUAGCUACAACGGAGGGGUUACUGGACUACUCCAAGGAGGCCAAGUCCAAGGAAAGCAACCAUGAAAAUGGCGAAGGAAACAUGAGCCAUCCUAAAGACAAGGGCCAAUACAAGAGCGAGCAACCUCAGGACUUUAGAGGCAAGGAGAAGGAGAGGCGUAGGGAUGGAAAAGGCCAGUAUAGGGUGAAUGAAUGCUUCAUUUGUGGAGGCUCUCAUUGGUCAAGGGCCUGCCUAAAGAAGCAGGCUUUAAAUUCACUCCUUGCCUCGCAUGAAGUUAUGGGUAAAGCUGAAGAUAAUGGGCCUGCUACAAGUAUGGGGGCAAUCCAAAUGCUUGGUGCCAUCCAAAAAGCUCCUCAGACUAAAGCCCUUUAGAUCAAAGAUAAAUAGCUUCUCUUUGUGGAAAUGACCAUGGGGACGAAGACUACUAAGGCCAUGGUGGACACUGGGGCAUCUCACAACUUCCUAGCAGUUGAGGAAGCAAGGAGGUUGGGCAUAAAGACAGGGGAUGGAGGAGGCUUCAUCAAGUCAGUGAACUCAGCAGCCAAGCUCAUUGAAGGCAUAGCUCGUGGUGUAGAUGUGAGUAUGGGUGCUUAGAAGGGGAAGUUGGACUUUUCCAUCAUCUCCAUGGAUGACUAUCAAGUCAUCCUGUGGAUGGACUUCUUGGAUCAAGUCAAGGAAUUACCUAUGCGAUUCGCCAACUGCUUGUGCAUAAUGGAGGAAGAAGGAAAGGCUUACACGGUGCCCAUGGUAAGGAGCACCAAGCAAUACUUGAAGCGGCUGUCAGCAUUCCAUGUUGUUGAAGCCAUGCCAAGGAAGGAGGGAUCGAAGAUAAGGAGGGACACCUUGAUGGACAAGAGGAGCCUCUUGGCACAACCUAGCGGAGAUAGGAAGCCAAGACCCAAGGAGAACAAGCUACGCGGGCAAGCAAAGGUUCUCAAAGGGUUCAAGGAAGUUAUGCCGCAGGAACAAUCUCCAAAGCUAUCACCGUCGAGGGAAGGCAGGGUAACAUAUAGGCCAAAGGAGAGGCAACCCAACUCUGGAGUAAGGAUGAAGUCCAAGGGUCAAAGAGCAACCAAGGACUAUACAAGACACUGCUGCCAGAAGACUGGCGAUGAGGGCAUCAUGAGAAUAGGUGGGGGAGAAUGUCAUGCCCCACCUAAUCUCCAUGAGGUUAGCCAUGCUAAACUAGGCAUGACAUGGCUAAAUGAGAGAAACUCCUUGUCGUGCUACGAGAUGGAAGAAAAUUACUGGGCAUCCUUCGAUCUUUUGAUCAGUUUGCAAAUGCUGUUCUGGAAGGGGCCUGCGAGCGAGUGAUUGUAGGAGAUCUUUAUUGUGAUAUCU